UCAGAAGGUUGCCGUCGAGGUUGAUCGAUCCCUUGUUUUGCAAAUUUGGACGUCUCUCUUGCUCCAUUUUUCUGGGAAGGCUCUUGAAAUCGACUUUGAUAAAAUGCGAGGAGGUUACUGAGAAAGUAGGGAUGCGAGGUGAAGUUUGCUUCGAUUGCCUCGAGCAACGGAUCAAGUCAGACUUCUCCGACCAGAUCGUCUUCUCUUACGGCCUCUCCGAUUCUCCGCUUCCUUUUGGAUCCUCCGCCGUCGUUCAGGUUUCUGAUUCUAGCCGAGAAUUCUCUGCUUCUGCUUUUGAUUCUACUUCCUCCCAGUUCAUUUUGGAGUAUCUCCGCAAGGAAGAACAUGGUUGCUUGGCCAACUACGUGUAUGGUCAAAAAUGUGGAAAUUCAAAUGAUGCUGUUGAAUGUGAUGAGUAUUUGGAUUGCUCACCCACUGGCUCUGAGGCUACUAAAGAUGAUGACAGAGAUUUAGUCACAGAGGACAUUACUUGUGGAAGUGUUACUUGCGAGAUUUCAGGUACUUUUUCAUGCUGGAGAAAGAUAGCUGCACUUUUACCUAUUGCUCAGAUUAGCAGAUGUUCUGCCUCUGGUCUUCAAAAGCUUGCUUCUAGUUUCCUUUCUGAAUGCCCGGAAGAUCAAAUUUUAGCCUCUCUGCAUCGCCUGAUUGAUGGAGAGUCAUCUGGACAAGAAACCCAAAGUUUCCUUCGUCUUCUUGGGUUACCGUUGUUAGAGGAGAAAAGCAAGUUUCAAUGUCUCAGGCAUCCAAAUCUAUCACCGGUCUUAGGAUUUUUGACAUCAUCUGAUUGUUUGGUCUCAGUGCUCCCCAAAGCCCCGUAUACGUUGGAAAAUAUUCUCUACUACAGCCCCGGUGCUAUAAAGUCAGAAUGGCAUAGAAAUUUUAUAAUAUAUCAGCUCUUGUCUGCGUUAGCUCACUUGCAUGAGUUGAAGGUUUCCCAUGGGGAUAUUCGUCCGUCAAACAUAUUCUUGUCCGACUCAUUAUGGAGUUGGUUAAAGAUCUAUAGCAAGCCUGAUCUAGGUUCUGGAGAUGCCAAUUCGUCUGCUUCAAUAAGAAGGUGGUGUGUAGAGGGUUGUUAUUCUUCUGGCCUUUAUGCUGAUCUUCAAAUUUCUUCACAUUUAGACUGGCAGACUAUCUUUGAUAAAUGGUGGAGGGGAGAGGUAAGCAAUUUUGAGUAUUUACUCUUCUUAAACAAACUAGCAGGUCGAAGGUGGGGCGACCACACAUUCCAUCCAGUAAUGCCAUGGGUUAUAGAUUUCAGCAAAAAACCUGAUAAUGAUAGUGACUCAGGCUGGCGGGAUUUAAGAAAAAGCAAAUGGAGAUUGGCAAAAGGAGAUGAACAGUUAGAUUUUACCUAUUCGACAUUUGAGAUUCCGCAUCAUGUCUCAGAUGAAUGUCUGUCUGAGUUGGCUGUUUGCAGCUACAAAGCAAGGAGACUACCACUGAGCGUCCUGCGAAAGGCAGUUCGGUCCGUUUACGAACCUAAUGAGUAUCCUUCUGACAUGCAAAGGCUUUAUGAUUGGACUCCUGACGAGUGCAUCCCUGAGUUUUACUGCGAUUCCCGCAUCUUUUGCUCCCUUCAUCCUAGUAUGUCUGAUUUGGCCGUUCCUCCAUGGGCAAGCAGCCCCGAGGAGUUCAUUAGAUUGCAUCGAGAUGCUCUGGAAAGCCCUCAUGUUUCUUCUCUAAUACAUCACUGGAUUGAUAUUACUUUUGGUUACAAAAUGUCGGGACAGGCUGCUAUUACUGCAAAGAAUGUUAUGUUGUCUUCAUCUGAGCUGACUGUACCAAGGUCGGUUGGACGCCGUCAGCUCUUUUUUCGGCCUCAUCCGGUGCGCCUGCGUUUCUCCCGCGAGAAGGAACAAAGUAGAAAUGAACUAGAAAUGCAUACGUUUCAUGGCUUUGGGGUGGACCACAAGAGGUCCGUCAUCCUCGAAGCUGGAGAGUAUUUGGAAGAAACUGAAGAGGCAUCUGCAUUCUCUGAACAUGCAUCACAUCUAAGUCCAAAAUAUCACCUUCAUCGAAACUUGGAUGAGUCUCAUUUGCAUGAAUCUUACAGUGAAAACAUUAACAAAGCUGAUACUAUUCUCCCUGGAACUUCAAAAAACAAAUGUCUACCAUCCGAUAUAAGUUUGAAUUAUCUUCUGGAGCAUAUAGAGGUGAGAGACGAAGCUUCUAUGGAACUUCAGGAGUUGUUGCUUUGGCGGCAAGAUUUCUGCCCAGGAAACUUUUCCAAGGACAUCGCAGGAGAUAUUUUCUCUAUUGGCUGUGUCUUGGCGGAACUUUAUUUGAUGAAGCCGCUAUUUAACUCAUCGUCUCUGGCUACUUAUUUAGAAGGUGGUGGCUUACCUGAAUUGAUCAAGGAACUUCCUCCUCCUACUAAGAUACUUGUGGAAGCAUGCAUUGAACACGAUUGGAGAAGGAGGCCCUCAGCAAAGAGUCUUUUGGAAUCUCCGUAUUUCUCAGCUGCAGUGAAGUCAGCUUACUUAUUUGCUGCUCCACUUCACCUUUUGGCCAAGGGUGGAACACGCUUGUAUUAUGCUGCUAGUUUUGCCAAACAGGGGGCCUUAAAAGCAAUGGGAACAUUUGUGGCAGAGAUGUGUGCUGUGUACUGUUUGCCACUGGUGACGACACAUUUAUCUGACCACGAUUGUGAAUCUGCUUAUGUACUUAUCAAGGAGUUCACAAAAUCUUUGACUCCGAUGGCUGUGCAGAGACUUGUCAUGCCUUGUAUCCAGAAGAUCUUACUGACGACAGGUUACUCGCAUUUGAAAGUUUCUCUUCUUCAAGAUUCGUUUGUGCGGGAACUAUGGAAUCGUAUUGGAAAGAGAGUAUAUCUUGAAAUGAUUCAUCCUCUUGUCAUAUCAAACUUGUAUAACUCUCCGGACAAGAUUUCGGCUUCUGCAGCUUCUGUGUUGCUGAUUGGUUCCAGCGAAGAGCUUGGUGCCCCUGUUACAGUCCAUCAGACUAUACUGCCUCUGAUCAAUUACUUCGGAAAAGGAAUAUGUACUGAUGGGAUUGAUGUGCUGGUUAGAAUUGGGAGACUGUUGGGCGUGAACUUCAUUGUCAAACAGAUGCUGCCAUUGCUUGAACAUGUUGUUUUCUUCUGUAUCAAUCUUUCUUCUAUGAAAAAACCAGAGCCUGUUCAUAGCUGGUGUUCUUUAGCUCUGACUGAUUGCUUAAUCACACUCGAUGGUCUAGUUGCUCUUAUAUCAGACGAGUUGCUCAUACAUGAGCUGACCAAAGGUCGGUUGUGCCUACAUGUAAGAGUUCUUAUGCAGAAAAAUAUAGAGUUGCGGGUCCUUCAGUUUGCUGCAACUUCCCUGAUGUUAAUUUGCCAGCGGAUUGGACAAGAGUUGACUGCAUUGCAUGUUCUUCCGCAGUUGAAGGAGCUUUUUGAUGAGUUUGCUUUCUCUGAGAAAAGUACAGAUUCAUCGGACUCUUUAAACUGGAAGAUCAGGACUACCGAACAGAAUUUCCAUCCAGAAUCUCCAAUCAAAAGUCAUAUGGAUCUUGUGUUGCUUCUCUAUCCUUCGUUCGCCGCACUUCUUGGUAUGGAGAAAUUACGUCAGGGUUGUCCAACCUGGCUACUACUCGAGCAAUAUCUGCUAAAGCAUCAUAACUGGAAGUGGGAAUACACAGGACGAUCUUCACGGUAUAAUAUGGAAGCUAGGCCUGUGUUAAACAAGGGCCCUGCACCUAUGCACACUCCUUCUAAGAAACAGCUCAACGGAUCUGGACGGUCGGUUCCCCAGUCGCAGGGGUUAAGAAAUUCCAAUCACUUACAAGGCCCAGUUGAAGGACAAGAAGCAGUCUUAAACCCUUUGGUGCAUGAGCCCUGGUCAUGGUUUCCUAGUCCAGUAGCUUGUUGGGAUGGGCUUGACAUUGGGCGUUUUGGAAACCCCAAAGAUGAGCAGCGAUGGAAAAUUAGAGCAUCUGUUUUGUCUUCUGCUCAUGCCCAUCACGGAGCUCUAAGAUCUUUAGUGGUUUCUGAAGAUGAGUGUACAGUUUUCACCUCAGGUAUUGAUCCAGGGUUCAAGGGAAGUGUUCAGAAGUGGGAACUAGCAAGCUUAAGUUGUGUAUCUGGUUAUCAUGCCCAUGAAGAGGUUGUUAAUGACAUUAGUAUUCUGUCAGCCACCGGAAAGAUAGCAUCUUGCGACGGUACUAUACAUGUGUGGAACAGCCAAACCGGGAAACUGAUAUCUUUGUUCUCAGAGUCACCUACGGAUCAAGAUCAAGCUUCAUCAAAAAGUCAUUCCAAUCAGUGUAAUCGACAUGGAUUAUCAAGUGGGAUAUUCGAUGGGAACUUGUAUACAUGUAUGCAUUAUUUAGAAUACAUGGAUCAGCUCGUUGUCGGAACUGGAUCCGGUGCCCUCAGGUUCAUCGAUCUAGCACGAGGCCAGAAGCUUCAACUUUGGGGAGGAGAACCUGUUGAAUCUGGGUUUACUUCUCUCGUAUCUGCUCUUUGUUCCGGAGGGUCUCAAACAAAACAUGGAGACGGAGUUUCAGUAUCACCUUCUUGGAUUGCAGCUGGUUUUAGUUCUGGUCAGUGUAGGCUAUUUGAUUUGAGGGAAAGUGGUGUCAUUUCCGCCUGGAGAGCUCACGAUGGAUAUGUGACUAAGUUAGCAGCACCUGAGAGCCAUUUACUUGUUUCCAGCUCUCUUGACAAAACUGUACGGAUAUGGGACUUGAGGAAGAGCUGGACACCACAACCUUUUGUUAUCAAAGGACACAACGACGGUGUUUCGAGUUUCUCCAUCUGGGGGAAAGACGUUAUCUCCAUCUCAAGAAACAACAUCGGGAUUUUCUCACUGUCAAAGUCUCAAGACGAGGAGGAGCAACAUCAGCAGCAGCGGAUUAUACCACAGAAACUGUACAUGGCGGAGAAGGGAGGAAGAAUCAGCUCGGAUCUAUCGACCAUUUGUGUUUUACCUUUCUCCAGACUGUUCAUCGUUGGAGCACACGAUGGUUACAUGAGAAUCUGUUGUUGAAAUUAUAUACAUACUAUACACCAUAUAAUUGGUUUUACAUAGUCUACUGCCUCUCUCUGUUUUAAAAUCUGUUUUAAAAUUUAUGUUUUGGACAGUGCCAAGGACGGUCACUGAUAUGAUUGUAAUGAAAGGAGACAAAGAGGAAUGGUUUAUCAAUGGCGCUAAUGAGCAAUGACUAAUGUAUUUUUUU